AUGGGAAGUUUAAUCGAAUUAGAGAUCCCAACUGGUUACACAGCGGCUUAUUUGUGCAAUAGAUUGAAGAAAGCUGGCCUUCCUACCACUCUUGUGAACUUAAAGUCGUUCAGAGUCGUUAAUAACUCAAGUACGAGCCUUCCUAAUCAUAAUUUGUUCAGGCGAUCCUCUGGCAUGUUUAAACACCUUAAAAGUAUUAAAGAAAGCGAAAGUAGUUUGUUGAUUCUCGACAGAUUUGACCUAUGGGCAUCAUCGAAAAGUGAUAAUCAGGAACCUGAGUCGAAGAGAUUUAGAAGAGUUGAAACCGAAGGAAGUUUGUAUUUGAAAUCAGUGAAAUUAGCAGAAGGAGUAGAAGAAAAGGUAAACAAGUGUAGAGUAAAUUGGACGUACAAGUUCCUGUACUGGAUUCGCAACUCAGUAAUUUAUCUACUAGAAGAGGAGUUUAAACAUAAGUUGACGUGUGUGUGUGUGUACGCAGACGCAUUCAACUCGAGAGUCUUUUAUGAUGACAUCGUUGACAGAAAGUACAGUUUAGAAGAUUUUGGAAAAACAAACAUCGUUAAAAAUUUGGAUUUGGGAGAGAGUAUACAAAGAGGAUUUGAAGUAUUGAAGUUGAAAGAAUUGUCAAAGGCGCUGGAUUUUUAUACAUCGGCUGGUGAUUCGGAUCACUUGGGAGACUCAGUAUACGAUAACUUGAGUAGAAACGCAAGAAUAUUGAACCUGGAAGUGCCAUUUGAAGUAGAUUGCGAAAACAUAGAUUUGACGUCAAUCACAUUGAUAGUAGGGCCUGAAAGUUCGGGAAAAAGCACACUGCUGAAGUCUAUUUCGAAGUACUGGCAUAAUCAAAGAGAGAGUAAGGGCGGCUCGGAGAGUGGAGAAGUGGAAAGUGGAAAAAAGGUGGGCCCCUUUUACGUGUUUAAUCUCGAGUACUACGAGUUGUCAAGCCAGUACGUGGGCUGCGCAGAGUCGUACGUGAAAAACAUAUUUACCAAAGCAAAAUACAACAAACCCUCACUGGUGGUGUUGGACGGAAUAGAGCUACUGUUUGAACGAGUGGCAAUAGAGGAGGAGAGGGCAGUACCGGUAACAGUAUCUAACACACUGUUGAAUCAGCUGCACAAUCUAGAAGGAGUUAAGUUCAUAACAAGCACAACUGGAAAUUUUGAUAUUUCAAGGCUUUCGUCGGCAUUUCUGAGCAUGACAAUAAAGCCAGAGUUAAAGCCUAAAAUGCAAGUGAUUAAGCCAAUAGGAGCAAUUUUAAUACACUCAGCGUAUAUUAAUUCCGAAGGUGCCGGAUACCAUAGAUGCAGAAAUAUUAUUAACAACUAUGGUAACUAUGUUAAUGGUAACUAUGUUAAUGGUAACUAUGGCAACCACGGCAAGUAUUGCAAUGAUCAGAGUUAUGGUAAUUAUGGCAGUUUUAAAAGGUUUGCAGUCAGGAGUAGUUUCGGUUAUAACACAGGGGUAAUAGAGUCGGAUUUGCCAUCAAUAGUAGCAGCGAAGUUUGAACCGCCACUGCCAAGUAGAGAAGACAAGCUGAAGCAUCUACUCUCAAGUCAGCUGAAACAGCAAUGUGCAGAGUCAUUAGGGUUGGGAGGAAGCGGCCCCAAUGGCACCGGCGCAGCCGCUAGCUCAGACUUAGAGUACGUCGACGAGUUCAAUCGGCAGCUGCAGUUGAAAAAAGGAAUGGUGCCAGACAUAGGAAAUGAUGUAUACGAUGCUAGUGAUUACAGAGGAAGAAGUUAUGCGGAAAUUGAGAGAUUUAAAGACAUGGAGUUGAGGAAGAUCAGAAGCCACGAGAUGAGGAACGGGAGGAUCUUUAAGUCAAAAAACUUGAAGUUUGAAGAAAAGUACAGGCUGGAGUCGGAAGAUGGCUCCAGAGGCGCAUAUAACAGAGAGUACUGGACAUCGCAAGGCCACGACGCGAGGGCCGCAAACAAGGGAGACCAUCGCAAGAGGAAUAAGAGGGCUCACGAGCCGAUAGAAGUGAGGCUGAGCCUACGAAUACAUGAGGCGGACCUGCUGAAUAAGUGCAAGUUCUUCAAGAAGAAGGCGCUGAAGGGCUACCCGCUCAACUUCAUGAUAAGGGUGGACGGGAACCCGGACGAGUUCAUGCUGGCGGCAGAAGGGAUACUGAACAAGGCACGCAUGUUCCUGUCGGACGCGUGCAUGGCGUCAGGAAACCUGUCGAAGUCAAACACGACAAUAUCGCUGUAUUUUAGGCCACUGAACAGGCCAGAGGAGGAGGAUCUAAGUGAGCACCCGAGUGCGACUGCGAAGCACAAAAACAGCAGUUAUCUAAGCCACCUGCACACCCAGGAGUUGCCGGAAUCCUACAACAUGGGCGGCUACAGCCACCAGAGUGCAGCCACUCCAAAUAUGAGUUACUACAACAAGGAACCUGGAGCCAUUCCAAAUAUGAGUUACUACAACAAUGAACCUGGAGCCAUUCCAAAUAUGAGCUACUACAACAAGGAACCUGCAACCACUCCCAUUAUGAACAACAUCACGGUAGUUCCAACAACAAUGGAUAAAAGGGCUUUAGACGUAGCAUCAAUAUUUGGAAACAACGUAGAAGCUGCAGAGGCAGGAGCUGGUAGGCAUAUGGACGGACCACUGGCCACAGUGGACACUGGUAGAAGCGCUGAAGCACUGGGGAACACUAGGCAAGUUGCGCAGGAAAAAACGUCAAGAUUCAUGACGCUAAACAAAAAGAAGGAAUCCAGUGCCUCCAGUGUACCAGCCGCACCAACGAAGCUCAGUAGCCAUGGCGCCAGUGAGACCACUGCCAGUACCUCAGCGAUUCCAUCUGGUCCCAGUGGUACCGACGCCAACACUCAAGCCCCGAGCAAUGCAACCAUUUCAAACACACCCACCUCUAGUAAAUGGAAGGUACUGAACAAAAGGGGUAAUUUAAAAUGA